ACAGGGUUGUAAGAGGGCUGGUAACCCUCAAACACGUGUUCCUUGCAAAACGAAAGCAAAACAAAUAAGGCAAACAAUCAAGGAGGGACGAAUUACUAAGUUUGUAAUAUCAUAAACUACAAUUACAAUAGAAAUUACUUGUGACAAUGGCACGUAGAAAAUGGACCGAACUGGAGAAGGUAUCACUUUCUCCAGCCGUUCUUAGUGUCAUCGCAAGUUUUGGAUUUGAGAGAACAACCCCUGUUCAAAGUGCCACAAUACCCCUGCUGCUGGAACGAAAAGAUGUCAGCGUCGAAGCGGUAACCGGCUCCGGGAAGACAUUAGCCUUUGUGGUGCCCAUGCUAGAGAUGUUACAGCGUCGGCAAGCUGAUAUACCAUGGGAAUCAAAGGAAAUCGGUGCACUUAUUGUUUCGCCUACGCGUGAAUUGGCCUAUCAGAUAUCCGAAGUGUUAGCUAAAUUUCUGGAAAGAGAGGAGUUGCAAUACUUGCGCCAAAAAUUGGUAGUGGGUGGUAGCAGCAUAGAAGAAGACAUUCGUGCGAUUAAAAAAGAAAGUCCCACAAUUUUGGUGUGCACUCCCGGCAGAUUGGAGGACUUAUUCGAUAGAAAAGGCGAUCUCAACCUUGCAGGCCGAGUGAAAAGUUUGGAAUUCCUUGUGUUGGAUGAAGCUGAUCGACUACUUGAUUUGGGUUUCAAGGCCACAAUUAACAACAUUCUUGGUUAUUUGCCCAGACAGCGACGUACUGGCUUGUUUUCUGCCACACAAACAACUGAAGUAACAGAUCUUAUUCGUGCCGGUCUUCGAAACCCCGUUCGGGUAUCGGUCAAAGAAAAGUCCACCAUUAGUACACCGGCCAAGUUACAAAAUUUUUAUAAAAUUAUAGAGCCUGAGGAAAAGUUUUUAGCUCUCUUACAUUUUUUACGUUCGCCACAAACUGCACAGGGGAAAGUUAUGGUGUUCUUUCCCACCUGUGCGUGCGUAGAAUACUGGAUGGCAAUAAUGACACACUUCUUGCCCAAGCGCUGUAUAUUAGCCAUUCACGGUAAAAUGAAAAAUAAACGUAAAAACGUUGUAGAACGAUUCAGGCAAAUAAAAGACGCUGUUUUACUCAGCACGGAUGUGUUGGCCCGUGGUCUGGAUGUACCUGAAAUUGACUGGGUGGUGCAAUGGGAUCCACCGGCAAGCGCAAGCAGUUUUGUACAUCGUGUAGGACGUACGGCACGCCAAGGUAAUGAAGGCAAUGCUUUGGUGUAUCUGCUGCCCAGCGAAGAUGCCUAUAUUACUUUUCUGAGGAUAAAUCAAAAAGUUGAAUUAAGUGAGCUACUGGAUGCGGAUCACAACCGUGAAGAGUUGGAGCAGACACUACAAAAACUGCACAAGCUUCAAUUGAAAGAUAAAGAUAUCUUUGAUAAAGGCACUCGCGCUUUCGUGUCACACAUCCAGGCAUACAGAAAACAUGAAUGCAAUGCAAUUUUACGUUUAAAAGAUUUGGACCUGGGGCGAGUAGCUACCGCUUACGGCUUGCUGCAGAUGCCGCGCAUGCCUGAAUUGAAAAAUUGUGCAGAGACAAAUUUUAUUGGACCAAACUUCGCGGUAGAUAUAACGAAAUUGAGCUAUCAAAAUCAGCAAAAAGAGAAUCAACGAAAGGAGAAACUCAAGAUCUAUGAAGAAAGCGGUGUAUGGCCCGGGAAGAAAAAAUUUAAAAAGAACACAGAAUCAUGGGAACAAACAAAAAAAGCGAAAAUGGAUACUAAAACCAAAAAAGAAUUAAGAAAAGCUAAGAAACAGCGCAAAAAAGAAAGUGAGGCACAGACUGGCGCCACAGCAAAAAAACGAAAGCCACAGUACACAAAAGAAGAUUUGGAGGAACUAGCCAACGACAUACGCCUAUUUAAAAAGUUAAAGAAAAACAAGAUUUCCGAGGAGGACUUCGAUAAAGAAAUGGGUAUUGAAGACUAGGAGCAAGUUCACUGCCUAUUUUCACUAACAUAUUUUGUGAAUAGCAAUUAAUUUUGUUUUAGCUUACUUUAUAAACUACUAUUUUAUUAUAU